GUUCUAUUAAGCAACACAGUUUAGUUUUCUCUGUAGACACUUGUCAAUCAAUAAAAUCACCUUUUUUUAACUAAAAUGAAAGUAUCCGCUGCUAUUUUGUCAACCUUGGCCUUGGGUAUGGGUGCCCAAGCAUCCGUGUUGCCCUUGGUAACCGAAGUUGCUGGUAGUGGUCUUUCGUACACAGCCGUCUCUUCACCAGUUGUAGCUUCACCUUGGGCGCCAUGGGGCCACCAUUCUGUUGUAGCUGCUCAUGUUGCUCCACCAGCUGCUGUGGAGGUACAUGCUCCUGCUGUUGUUGCCUCCCCUGCUCCAGCCGCUGUGGCUGUCCAUGCUGCUCCCAACGUUGCUGUUCAUGCUCCAGUUGUGGUGCCCGCUGCUGAAGGUACUUAUGUGGCCAAAACGCGUGGUGCUGUUCACACCGCUCCCCUGUCGGGUCAUGUAAAUUCUGUUGCCAAUAUUAAUUUGGCUCCCGCUCCUGGUACCCUCUAAAUGAUGUGACAUGGAUAAAAUUGUUAUCUUUUUCAUUUUAAAUUAAAUAAACCAAUGAUUAGAAAAAAAAAAAAACAAUUGUCUAUUUGGCAU